AUGCGAUUCCGGUCGAAUGGGCAUUCAUGUGUUGGUGGUAUUGUUGUUUAUGAACACCCACGUACACGCACAGACACAGAGACAGGCCUCCUGGAUUGCUUCCUGGAUAGCUCGGUGCUGCUUCUGCUGCCGCCACCAUCAUUGCUUGCCGUACUGGUUAGGCCCGACAGGAAUGAAGCACUGGAGAGACCGAUCCCGAGCGGGUAG